CACAGGUUGAGACAGUUGAGCCUCUUCAUAGUCACACUCAUUUCCUCACAACACAACUUGACAGCAGUCAUGGUCUCCAGUGUGGUGCUCACUCUUUGGUGUGCCUUUUGUGUGGCGGUGGUCCCUCUCGCAUGGGCCGAUUACUGCAGCAGCUAUGUUGACAAGUACGGAUUGAAACACAAUUCACAGCAAUGUGGUGUGAAGUACUGUUGUGGAGACUGCAAUGAGAGGUACUGCUGCAGCGACUGGAGUGACCGGAUAACUCAGGAGGAGCAGAAUUACUGUUCUGACAGUCCCUCCCUCAGUAAAAGCAAGCGCAUUGCUAUGAUAUUGGGAACUGUCUUAGGAGUUCUUCUUCCACUCCUAUUCUGUGUGGGUCUUGUUGUCUGCUGUGUAGCUCCUUGUUGCAUUAUCUACAAAUGUCGAAAACGCAACCGUCAGCGAGCAACUGUGACAACCACCACCAUAGUCCACCCGCCUGAGCAGCCAGUGGGUCCAUCUGGUUAUCAGCCAUCCUACCCGAGUCAACCCUCAUACCCGAGCCAACCAUCGUACCCGGGCCAGCCAACCUACCCUGGCUAUCAGCCCGUGCCUGGAUUCGGCCCGCCCAUGGCCUCAGCACCACCACCAUCAUACAUGGAGAGCACCAGUUCGACCCACAUUCCAGUUGCUUACAAUGACGGGCAGCCCACCUACCCCCUCCAGCCACUGCAGUCAGACGAGCUCGCCCAGCCUCCAUACAACCCCUCCUACGGAAAGAACCCCUAAUGUGAUGAUGAGCUGGCACUGCAUUUUUGUCAAAUAUUCUAAUAGGAAUGAUAAACUGGGAGGUGCGUCGCAGGACAUGAUACUGGAACUCAGGGCUUUUUGCUUUUUAUGCGGAAAUGUCUCAAAGCUGCAUCAGUAUUCAAUAGCAAAAUGUAAGUAGACAAUAACAAAUUAUCUUUCAUCACUCUUUGAAACAUUACGGAGUCAGUUAAACACUUUUUUUUUAAAACCUAUUCAUUUGCUCUCUUAACCUGGUCUUUGUAUUUUAUCAGUAAUGGUUUCAAACCCUUCUUGAAUUAUGCACUAUUUGCCAAAGAAUGUAACUCUACAGCAAAGUAAAUUUAUUAUAUUUUAUAUCAUAAUUAUUUAUUAUAUUUUGACCUUGUGGUCUAAUCUGGAUUUUUUCCAGGAGUUGAAAUUUUUCAAGUAUCUGUACUUUAAAAAUUUUUACUUUCACUUUCUAUAUUUAAACGUAAUUAUGCCCAUUUUUACGGUUUACAUUCCUCAACCUGCCUUGUUGCUUCACUAAACCUCAGUGUCAGCAAAAUCAAUUAUAAAGUGGAAUGUGUCAGUGUGUGUGUGUGUGUGUGUGUGUGUGUGUGUGUGUGUGUCGGCGUGGGCCUGCUUAUGGCCCCCAUCACCGUUACACUGAAAAUAAUGAGAUAACUAUUAACAACAUGAAUUUUUCUUUUUUUACUUAUGUACUUGAUUUUUUUUUUUUUUUUUUUUUGCAAAAUCACGAAGUCAAAGCAGUGCUUCAUUUUUUUUACUUCUAUAUUUGUACUUCUACUUUACUUUGUUGUUCUGAAAACUCCUAUUUUCCCACAUGUAGAACAAGUUUAAGGGAUUUACCUCUGUAAUAUGGUUUUUCGUCUUUAUUGUCAUUUCCAUGUUUCCACCUGUUAAAUGAAAUGUGUGACUCAGGACCAGCAGCGUAUGUGAGCACAGAAGAAUAAAAACAACAAAAAAUAUAGACUCCAGGUUAAAUAGUGAAACAGAAUGAAU